GGUGAAACACUGAAGGAGAAGCAGGCUCCAAGAGCUGGGCUGAAACUUUCCAGCAGUUCAAGUAGACUGAGAGACUUUAAAGCAACAGUUAGCAAUAUGAUUCACAACAGACCAUCACAGGCAUCGCAGACAACGCAAAGCUUGCAUCAUGUUGGAAGUGUUGUAGAUCAAACAGAGAUUAAGCCACUCUCCAGUUUAGCUGUACAACCCAGAGACUGGGAGCUGGAGAACAACAGCAAUGAGGCAAAGUCUGGUUUAUCCAGUAGGUAUCGACCUACCUGGCGUCCCACACGGGAGCCCUUGAAUGUGGACAGUAUAUUCAGGUCAGAAAAGAGGAUCAACUCUACAUAUAGUCCACUGAGUCCCUUUUCAGAAGACUCUGGUAAGGAAUUUUCAGUCAGCGAACGAGAGAACGGCAACUCUGACUCAAAGGAGAAGCAUCCAUGUGUGAAAUACAGGAACUGGGGCAUGGGACGUGGUGCUCCUCACCUUGGUGAUCACCAGCAGCCCCGUCUCAUCCAGAGGAUGGAGUCUGGCUAUGAAAGCAGUGAACGAAACAGCAAUAGUCCCGUCAGCAUGGACUUGCCUUUAUCUGAAAACUGUAGUGCUUUUCGGGAAUAUCACUCAAGGAAAAGCCCCGGUACAGCUCCGGCUCCUACCUGGCGAAGCAUUCCAAAGUCUCAGAGCAGCAGUGCAUUAGAUAUGGCGGAUUCUGCUUCCAGUGUUUGGGUGAAGGUGCAUCCGUCACACGUUGGAAGGAGUGACAGCUUUGAGCGGUCCAUGCAGGAGGCAGAUUCCGUCUUUGAACAGUCACUGAGGCUGGAACAGAAGGGGGAUUACAGUACAGCUAUGGCACUGUGUAAUGAAGCUAUU